AUGACGUCCACCACGCUCUCGCUCCUCGUUGCCGUCCUCGGCGCUGCCCUGGUCUCGGCACACACCAUCAUCGUCUAUCCCGGUUGGCGAGGCGACAACCUCGUCACGAACGCGACCUUUCCCUACGGCAUGCAGUGGAUGUACCCGUGUGGUGGCAUGAAGCUCACGACCAACCGCACUUUCUGGCCCAUCGGCGGUGGCGCCGUGUCGUUUCAACCCGGCUGGUUCCAGGGCCAUGCCACUGCCCAGCUCUUUAUCAACAUGGGCUUCGGCACCGAUGGCCCUGACGGCGGUCCCGGCAACAUGUCCAACGUCAUGGUCUCGCAGUUUGGCAUCACCGGCCCGUCCAAGAACCCAUACCCCGGCACCAUCUGUCUGCCACAGGUUCCGCUGCCGGCCAACGCAAAUGCCAAGGUGGGCGACAAUGCCACCAUCCAGGUCGUCGAGCUGGCCGUGCAUGGCGCCUCUCUGUUUUCGUGCGUCGACAUCACCCUUGUUGACAACGACGACCCGCGCCUCAAUCCCGUCAACGAGACCAACUGCUUCAACAGCACGGACAUUGGCUUCUCCACCCUCUACACCAUUGCCACCAAGGUCGCAACCAACAUCACGUCCAGCGCGGGAGCCCCGUCCACCGCCCGUGGCUCGCUCGCCGUCAGCUGGCUGCCGCUCCUCGUUGCCGGCCUGUGGCUACUGCUGUAG